AUGCAGGGCAAUUCCAAGAUCUACGGCGGCGUCGUGGUGCGUCUCAGUGACCGGCUCAUGUUGUGCAAAGCCCCUGGCUGCCCCACCAGCGAUCUUGCCAUCCCGGGGACGGCGUGGGCAGAUGUCGUCAGCAAAUGUUCUGCGCCGAACUUCCGCACCACCACCCUCGUCACUCUGAAUAACAGCGAAGCGGCGUCGCUCAGUAUCCCUGCUGAGGGCGCAGAAGCCGCAGCGGCAGGGCCCAACCAGCUGUCGUGCCACAUCAUGACGGACAACGAUCUCGCCUUCGCCAUCCUCGCGGAUACGGCGGUGGGGCGGCGGCAGGGGCACGCCGCACUGGACGAGGCAGCGAAGAUGUUCCACAAGAUGUUCGUCGAGAGCGUAUCGAAGCUUACACCAAGGGCGGUGGACGUGUUUGUGAAGCCGUACCGCGAUCUGCUGCUGCGUAUGAGCGAGGGGGAUGAGUCUGAGGAUAAGGUGCGGAAGCUGAAGAAGACUGUGGCGGAGGUGAAGGACAUCGCGCUGGACAACGUGGAGCGCGUUAUUCAGCGCGGACAGCGCAUUGACGACAUUGUCCAGUCGACAGAGGACCUUCAGUUUCAGGCGCAGGGCUUUCAGCGCAGCAGCCGCGACCUCCGACAGCAGCUGUGGUGGAACUCCGUGAAGGGUAAACUUAUGAUUGGCGGAGUAGCCGCCUUCUUUAUUCUGAUCGUCCUCUUCGUCUUUUCGUCUGGAGACGGUCAGAAUAAAUAG